AGGCUGAGACGCUGUUGCUGCCCGAGGGAGGAGGAGGCCGGUCUGGAUGUUGGGCGGCCAGUUAUGAAGCCGCCUAGUUCAGUGCAAACAAGUGAGUUUGACUCAUCAGACGAAGAGCCUAUUGAAGAUGAACAGACUCCAAUUCAGAUAUCAUGGCUACCCCUGUCACAAGUGAAUUGUUCUCAAUUUCUUGGUUUAUGUGCUCUUCCAGGUUGUAAAUUUAAAGAUGUUAGAAGAAAUAUCCAAAAAGAUACAGAAGAACUAAAGAGCUAUGGCAUACAAGACAUAUUUGUUUUCUGCACCAGAGGGGAACUGUCAAAAUAUAGAGUUCCAAACCUUGUGGACCUCUACCAUCAGUGUGGAAUUAUCACUCAUCAUCAUCCGAUUCCAUUUGGAGGGACUCCUGACAUAGCCAGCUGCUGUGACAUAAUGGAGGAGCUUGAAAUCUGCCUUAAAAAUAACCGAAAAACCUUAAUACACUGUUAUGGAGGACUUGGGAGAUCUUGUCUUGUAGCCGCUUGUCUCCUCCUAUACCUGUCUGACACAGUGUCACCGCAGCAAGCCAUCGACAGCCUGAGGGAGCUGAGAGGGUCUGGAGCAAUACAGACCAUAAAGCAAUAUAAUUAUCUUCAUGAGUUCCGGGACAAACUAGCUGCACACCUAUUAUCAAGAGAUUCACUAUCAAGAUCUGUAUCUAGAUAAAAGAAUUUCAAAUAGCAUAUAUAUAUGACGAUGGCAGAAAUUUGAGU